CUUUGUUCAUCAUGCCAGUCACUCCUCUUCGUAUUCACGUCGUUCCCUAAAAUUUUCCUUCUCAAUCCCGCUUCUUUCCUUUCCCACCCCCCAAAACUGUUUGGCGCCCAUAUAUAUUUCUAGUAGUCUCGUCUUCUCUGCUUCCCGAUCUUCCGCUGUUUCUUCCCCUUGACGCUUUGACGCCUCAUUCCUACCAUUAAUUCCACCCACACUCUUAUCAUCCGCUCAAAUCUUCUUGCAUGGGAUCGUCUGGAUCGAACUUUUACGAUGCCGGUCUCCAAGGCAAAAUCCAGCCCCUCCGAUGACCGUCGGGAUCGGCUUACGCUCGCGAAACUGGCCAGCUACGACGACGUCGCAACAGAUGCGCUGGUUGACCGUGCGUACUUUUGGACCAACACUCGCAAAAAUCGCACCAAAUACAACCCCGCCCGCGGCAUUAGAGAUGAUGAUGUGGCUAGCACUCUUCUUCACGAUGUCAUUGUCAACAAGGAUGCUGCCAAAGCGGAAGAGAAGCUGUUGAGCAUGCCAGGUCUCAAAAAGUACCUGGCUAAGCUGCCUACUGACCGGGAGAAAGAAUGGUUUCGCCGCCAUCUCCGCAAAUACAUCCAGAUGUAUCUCCCCGACUCCCCCUUUGAGGUGACUACGACCAAUCGCUACACGGUGACCGAGCAUGAGGCUGCCAUCUGCGCCCGCAAAUUCAUUAAGCAGGGCCAGGAGAUCAAGUACCUCAGCGGGACCCUCGUACCCAUGACCAAGGAAGAGGAGCAGGAUCUGGAUCUGAAGAGAAAGGAUUUUAGCAUUGUCAUGUCGAGUCGCAGAAAAACCCCCUCUUUCUUUCUGGGUCCCGCUCGGUUCGCUAAUCACGAUUGCAACGCCAACGGUCGACUGGUGACGCGCGGCAUGGAAGGUAUGCAAGUCGUCGCCAUCCGCAACAUUCAUAUCGGCGAGGAAAUCACUGUGUCCUAUGGAGAGGAUUACUUUGGCAUUGACAAUUGCGAGUGUCUUUGUUUGACGUGCGAACGGGCCGUCCGCAAUGGCUGGGCACCUCAGCUCGAUUCCGACCAAGAGAGUCCCGCUUCCACGCCAGCUUACGAGGAGCCUGCGCCCUCUGAGGCUCUCCUUUCGCCCAAGAAACGCAAGCACGUCCCCGACACCGAUUCAGAGAGCUCUCCCUUGUCGACUCCCCGCAAACGAACCAAGUUUACUCGCCAGAGCUCCAAGUUGAGAUCCGAGGUCGUGUUUUCUGAUCUCACACCCUCGAUCGAGUCUUCCACGGUCCAGCCAGCGGACACCGGGCUUUCCCCCCAAGCUUUAUCCGUGCCACACGCAGCCGCAGCCGAAACCGCCAAUGACCACGUCAUCGACAACAAGAGUGACAUCCAUGCCGAAUCGACCGCGCAAAGCACCACCACUACCACCGCCGAUCCUGAUUCACCCGGUUCACUGGACGAUUCGCACCGCUCGUCAACUUCAACAGCCGCGACGUCCGUUUGUGACAACCCGGUGCGAAUCAAGGUCGAGGAAAUUACCGAGACUACCGUGCAGGCACCAAUUUUGACUGUCGAGGGACGCCUUGAUCUCUCCACUGAGCCAGAACGACGUAUGCUGGGUGUAGACAACGAUGCAUUGUCGGACUUGUCAGACUCAUUGGAACUAGACGAGAAGCUUGGUACCGUGGUGAAAAAGUCCCGAAAAUCCCGCAGCAAGGAAGUGGUUCCCUCAGUCGAGGUUGAGCCACCCCGUGCUCGGGUUCCUGGCGACUACACCAAAACCUCAAAACUUCUAGCACAGGCAUACGACCGCUGGGUGGAUUGCCGCACAUGCAACGCAUGGUUUGUUCAGCAAGAUUCCUACCUGACGCGCCGUGAGUGUCCCCGGUGCGAACGGCACUCCAAGCUGUAUGGAUUUCAGUGGCCGAAAACCGACAGGGAGGGCCCUGGGGACGACGAGGAACGUGUGAUGGACCACCGCACCGUGCACCGAUUCUUGUACCCUGAGGAAGAAGCGCUCAUCUCGCGCAAGGACCGCGGUGUCAGUUUUGGAAUAACCCCGACGCCCGAGCUGUCCGAGCCUCACGCAGAGACCGAGGACAGUGAAGCCGGCGAGGACCGACGCAACACGCGCGCCAGCCGACGACGUACCCGGUCCCUUCGGAUGACUAUGUAA